AACGCCGCCGUUUGAUCAUUUUAGUUCUGAACCCAGAAAUGAUAAAACACAAGGGAAAAUCGUAAAGCCCCACCAUUAUUUUCUCUCUCACACAUCAACAAGCAAAAUUCAAUUCCCUCUGCACAUCGAUCGACGAUCCAUGCUACGCACUCAGAUACACCCACGAACACACUCAAUCUUAUUUAGAGAGAUAAAGUAGAGAGAGAAAUCAAGGGGGCAAAGCCGUGCGUCAAUCCAUGGUGUCGUUCGUGAGCGCGUUGCUCUAUGGAGUUGGCGGAAUCGUGGUGGCCGGCAUGGCAUUGCUCGUGGCUUUCCAGGAGAAGCUCGUCUACGUGCCUGUGCUGCCCGGCCUCACUAAAUCCUACCCCAUCACCCCUGCCCGCCUCCGCCUCCUAUACGAGGAUGUCUGGCUCACGUCAUCUGACGGCGUCCGUCUCCAUGCUUGGUUCAUCAAGCUCGCCCCCGAUUGUAAAGGUCCAACUAUUCUAUUCUUCCAGGAAAAUGCUGGCAAUAUUGCUCAUCGUCUUGAAAUGGUUCGGAUUAUGCUACAGCGGUUGCAAUGCAAUGUUUUUAUGCUUUCAUAUAGAGGUUAUGGAGCUAGUGAAGGGUUCCCUUCACAACAUGGUAUCACUAAGGAUGCUCAGGCUGCUUUGGACCAUCUGAUUCAAAGAGUAGAUAUUGACACUUCCAGAAUUGUGGUCUUUGGAAGGUCUCUUGGGGGAGCUGUUGGAACUGUGCUAGUCAGGAAUAAUCCAGACAAGGUAGCUGCACUGAUACUGGAAAAUACUUUCACUUCCAUUUUGGACAUGGCUGGAGUCCUCUUACCAUUUCUGAAGUGGUUUAUUGGAAAAGGUGGCUCCAAGGGUCCCAAAGUUCUUAAUUUUCUUGUUCGUUCCCCCUGGAACACCAUUGAUGUUAUUGGAGAGGUCAAGCAACCAAUCCUUCUCCUUUCUGGACUACAAGAUGAAAUGGUUCCCCCAUCUCACAUGGAGAUGCUAUAUGCUAAAGCAGCUGCACGUAAUCAGCAGUGUUUAUUUGUAGAAUUCCCUACGGGUAUGCAUAUGGAUACAUGGUUGGCUGGUGGUGAUCGCUAUUGGAGAACAAUUCAGGAGUUCUUGGAAAAAACAGUUGCAGACAAGAAGGAUAGUGGCUCAUCUAGAGUGGAUUAAUGCGAGGUUUUGUGCUGGGAUGUGGAGUUUUAUCCUGGGAACCGAACAACUUCUAAAUUUUGCAGUAACAAAAAGCACUGUGGUUGACGAUGGCUGCUACUAUUCGCGUCUUUCAGAGCUUCUAAUUUUGCAAGACAAAGGUUGGACGCUUUUUGGUAUAUAUGAGAUGACCCUGCUAUACUGCACCAUUUCCUAUAAAGAAUAAUUGUAUUUGUAUGAAUUACGAAUUGGAGAAUAUAUUGUAGGUAAUUUGGAAUUGGUGACUUCAUUGUUGACUCAUUUGGACCUAAUCGUAGUGCAUUUUAAUAUGAAGAGGAUUACUUUGUUUCA